AUGGGGAAACGCACAGGGGGAGAUAAGGCUUCGCCUGAGGAAGAACUGCCGGGUGCGUCUGCGGCUCCGCAUGCACAAGAUCACCAAGACGGAAGAGACAGGAAAAGGAAGACAAAGGAGGGCGAAGAGCGCCGCGAAGAAGAGGGAGAAGAAGGUCUAGAGUUUGAGGAUCCCUUCGGCGACGAAUAUGACGAAGAGGACGAGCUCGCUGCGCAGAUGAAAGCGGACGACUCAGACAGCGAUGCAGAAUCUGAGAUGGAAGACGACAACGACGGAGAUACGGAGGCGACUGGAAAGGAAGAUGGAAAAGUUGUAACUCGCGCGUGGCGACCAGGAAUCGACAGCCUUGCAGAAGGUGAAGAGCUGGAUUUCGAUCCCUCUGCUUACGAGAUGCUACACCGCGCUACGAUGGAGUGGUCGUGUCUAUCUUUCGAUAUCCUUCGCGAGCCGCAUGGAGUGCACCGCACAAAACCGCCCCACACCGCAUAUGUCGUCGGCGGCACGCAGGCAGAAACUUCCUCCGGGAAUCGGCUCUUCAUCAUGAAAUGGAGCGACUUGCACAAAACGAAUAAAGACGCGCGCGACAGCGACGACGACUCGAGCGACGAUAGCGACGACGAAGGAUCUGAUGAAGACCCGAAACUCGAGUUUCGAAUCAUCGCGCACAAGGGGACCGUCAAUCGCGUCAGAUGCUGCCCGCAGAUGAAUCGCCUGGUUGCUACCUGGUCAGACGUCGGCGAAGUGAACGUGUGGGACAUCGACAAGCAGGUGAAACGCCUCGACGACCCUGGCGCCGCCGGUCCGCCUCCGACUCCCCAGCAGCCGCCAAAGUUCACCUACAAGGACCACGGCGUGGAGGGCUAUGCCAUCGACUGGAAUCCUGUCCACACUGGCAAACUCCUCUCGGGCGACAUCGAGGGCGGCGUGUGUCUGUGGGAGCCUCAAGCGGGAGGAUGGGCCGUCUCGAAAAUCAUGCAUGCAUCCAAGAAGAAAAAGAAGGGCGCGCCGGCGCGGUUCACAGGCGUCUCGGAGGGCGCAACCGUUGAGGAAACGCAGUGGAAACUCGGCGGAAGUGGAGCCGGCGAUGUCUUCGCCACGGCUUCCAACGAUGGCGGCAUCAGAAUUUACGACACGCGAAGCAGCACGGGGGCCCCGUCUCUCGCUCUCGUCCACGCACACGCCUCGGACGUGAACGCGCUUCGAUGGUCUCCUGUUCACCACGACCUUCUUCUUUCUGGAGACGAGGAUGGAUGCGUGAAGGUGUGGGAUGAACGGUAUGGGGACGUGCCUCUCGUCGUCAUGCAGUGGCACAAGAAACCCAUCACGUCGGUGGACUGGCACCCCACAGACGAGGCGACAUUCGCGACCUCGUCGUUGGACGACAGCGUCGCUCUCUGGGACAUGUCGGUUGAAGUUGACGAAGACGCUGAAGAGCGGGAGAAAGGCGGGAUGGCAACGGAGAAGAGCGACGACGCGAAAAUGCCCGAACAGCUUAUGUUCGUCCACAUGGGCCAGGAGCACAUUUCCGAGAUCAAAUUCCACCCGCAAAUUCCCGGCGUCGUCAUCUCCACUGCAUGCGAUGGCUUCAACUUCUUCAAGACCUGCAACAUUUAA